AUGAAACUGUACGCCGCCUGUGCCCUGUUGUGCGUGGUGAUGCUGAACUGCAUCGUGUCUGCUGAAGAAGCGGGAGCGGAUCGUGUGAAGCGUCAGUUUGGUUUCGGAGGAUCACCUUACGGCGGUUACGGGGGUGGAUAUCCGGGUUUUGAAGGUGGCUACGGCGGUUAUGGAGGCUACGGAGGGGGUUACGGCUUGUACGGAGGUCACGGACAUCACGGACACCACGGGCAUCACGGUUUUGGAGGACACGGCCACGGUGGAUACCACGGCGGAUACGGACAAGGGCUAGGAUACGGAGGAUUCGGACAAGGGCUAGGAUACGGUGGGCUUGGUGGACUCUUUGGAUAA